AUGUCAAACUUCCUCAACACCGAGUUCCCAUCUCAUCCUCAUCCUGUCUUGAAAGCCAGGGACAUUGAUGCGAGUAUGUUCGCAAUGCCACAUUAUAGGAAUCCAAAAGCUAUGAGGAAGACUACUUGUCUCUCCGAUAAAGUUGGCAUGGCCAACACAGGUGUUGCUGUUCAUAAAUCAAAACUUGAACCUGGAGCUGAAUCCACCGCCAUUCAUUAUCAUCUAUCCAACACCGAAUGGAUAUACAUUCUCUCUGGAUCAGCUGUUGUCCAACUGGUCAACGCCUCAUUACCCAUUAUAAACCCUUUCAACAAGCCUUCUUCUUCUGCAGAUUCCGACUCUAAGCCAUCUGAGAAGGAGAAGAAACGAAAGCUCGAUGACACUUCGAUCGAAGAGGUCAAUGUCGAUCAAGGUGAUUUCAUUGGGUUUCCAGGUGGCGUAGGUGCAUCUCGAUAUGCUCAUGGACUCAAAGCUGGUCCAGACGGCUGCGAGUACCUUGUCGGAGGUGAUAGAGGUGGAAGUGGUGUCGUUCAUUAUCCUUUGGCAAACGCCGCAGACAUUUGGGAAAGAGGUGCUGAUGGGAAAUUCACUGUGGCGAGUGCACCGGAACACGGAUCUUGCUCUCAUUAG